UUUUAAGCCAGUCGCCUCUCGUGAGCGCAGCAGGAGAGAUCGCACAGUAAAAGUUGCAAAAAAAAGUUUUUCCGUGACGUGGCUGCAGAAACUCAACAUCAACAAUGACGGACAAAUGGGAGAACGACAAGGAAAUCCAGAUCUUCCGGGAAUAUCUGAGGAUUCCCAGUGUCCAUCCAAAACCCAAUUAUGAACCAUGCGUGGAGUUCCUUCGUCGUCAGGCGACAUCCCUCGCGAUGGAUUUCAAAGUUUACUAUCCUGUAAAUGACAAAAAUCCCAUCGUAGUCCUCUCGCUGACUGGCAAGGAUCCCUCACUGCCCGCAAUUAUGCUCAAUAGCCACAUGGACGUUGUUCCGGUAUUCCCUGAAAAGUGGUCUCAUCCACCAUUUUCGGCCCAUCUUGACUCCGAUGGAAAGAUCUUUGCGCGUGGAUCGCAAGACAUGAAAUGCGUGGGAAUGCAAUUUCUGGGAGCCAUUAGAGCUCUCAAAAAAGACGGAGUGGAAUUCAAACGAACCAUUCAUGCGACAUUUGUGCCUGAUGAGGAAGUUGGUGGGAAGUUGGGAAUGGCAAAGUUUGUUCACACUGAUGAUUUCAAGGCGCUCAAUGUUGGCUUCUCACUGGACGAGGGUAUUGCCAGUCCAACUGAUACUUUCCCCGUUUUCUAUGCUGAAAGAGCCAUUUGGCAUGUCUACUUCCACUGUUCUGGAACUCCUGGACAUGGUUCAUUGCUGCACAAGAACACAGCUGGGGAGAAGGUUCGCUAUUUAAUUGACAAACUCAUGGAUUUGAGGAAGUACGAAGUGAAGCGUCUGGAAAAUAAUCCAGAACUCCUGAUUGGAGACGUGACGACGGUUAAUCUAACAAAGAUUUCCGGAGGUGUUCAAUCGAAUGUGGUGCCUCCACUCCUCACAAUUGGCUUUGACAUUCGCCUAGCCGUCGAUGUGGAUCACACGGAGUUCCUGCAGCAGUUGCAGAAGUGGUGCGACGAAGCCGGAGGUGGAAUUGAGAUUGAGUUCGAGCAGAAGGAGCCUCCAGUGCCAAAGACAACCCUCGAUGAGAGCAACAUCUACUGGGUGGCCUUCAAGAGUGCCAUUGAUGAGAUGAAGCUCAACAUCAGGACGCAGGUCUUCCCCGGAGGUACAGACAGUCGGUAUGUGCGCGAAAUUGGCAUUCCCGCUGUUGGUUUCUCACCGAUGAACAACACCCCGGUCCUCCUGCACGAUCACGACGAAUACCUCGAGGCGGACGUCUAUCUGCGUGGUAUUGAUAUCUUCAAGAGGAUCAUCAGUAAAGUGGUCAACUGCUAAUGCGAUAAUUUUUCCGUUUAUUUUCUACUCCCGCUCAUUUUGCUCCCACUCAAUCGCAAAAUCUUGUAAUCUCUAUUGCAACAAUAAAAGUUAACUGGGAGAUUAUUAUUAAA